CGCUACCAGACUUCUAUAUCUACUACGCCGGAUCCUCUACACGGUAUAUUUACUUUGACUAUCGCACAGCCAAUGUGGCAGUUAUUACACCGAAGAUGACGACCCCAAAUCUCGAUAAUUCGUUUGAUUACAUUAUUGUUGGCGGAGGAACGGCAGGUUCAACUGUAGCUUCGCGUCUCAGCGAAGAUGCACACGUCCGUGUGUUAGUGGUCGAGGCAGGCCCCGACCACAGCGACGACCCUCUUGUAUUGACACCUGGUCUUAUGGCAGGUCAAUAUGGCCGCAAGGAAUAUGAUUGGAAUUUCUCGUCGAUUCCUCAACCAACUUUGGACAACCGCCAGGUUAAUCAGGCCAGAGGACGCCAACUUGGUGGUUCGUCGGCGCUCAACUUUCUGGUGAUGCUCUACCCUUCGCGUGCCAACAUUGACGCCUGGGGCAAGCUCGGUAACGCUGGCUGGUCCUACGACAUGCUUGCACCGUAUUUCAGCAAGGCCAGCACCGUUCACACCCCAAGCGAGUCUGCCAGGCAAAUCACCGGCCUGGAUCGGUACCAUGACCAGACUCUUUCUAGCAACGGACCGCUGCAAAUUUCUUUCGGAGAUGGUUACACUGCUACUAUGAACGGGGCGUGGAUGGAAACUUUCUCGAAACUUGGCCUGGAAAUGACGACAGACCCGCGAAGUGGUAAGGCUAUCGGGGCAUUUCAAAAUCCGGCCACUAUCGACCCAAGUACAAAGACCAGGAGCUUUGCUGCAACGGCCUAUCUUGGACCAGUUGUGCGCGAGAGGUCGAACUUGGUUGUGCUGACUGAGGCGGUUGUUAAAAGGAUUCUGACGGAGAAGGAGGAAGGCGCAGUUGUCGCGAAAGCCGUCGUUAUACAGACUAAGGAUGGGGAGAAGACAAUAUCUGCUCGCUUAGAGGUCAUUCUUGCCGCCGGAGCAUUCCAGUCUCCACAGAUCUUAGAGCUUUCCGGUAUUGGCGGUCGAAACUUGCUUGAGAGCCACGGAAUCCCCGUCGUCGUCGAUAACCCAAAUGUCGGGGAGAACCUACAGGACCAUCCAAUUGUGUGCCAAAGUUUCGAGGUCAACAACGCCGUUCCAUCGGGGGAUGUGCUUAGAGACGCAAAUGUUCUUAAUACGCUCAUGGAAAUGUAUAACACGUCGGCAGGUGCUGGACCUCUAGGACAGAGUACCAUCAGCGCUGCCUACGUUCCAUUAUCGGACAACUCGGGUCCUGUUUCCGCCGAAGCCAAGAAAAAGCUUCUGGAUACCUGUUUGCAACAGUCAAACCCUCAGUUUGACCUCCUUCGUUCCAUACUAGAGGAACCCGACGAGCCCGCCGUGGAGUACCUACUCUUUCCUUCUCAGGUCUCCAUAUCGGACAAGCCGAAGAGCAUGGCUGAAAUAAUCAUCCCAGCCGAGCCGGAAAAUUAUACAACCCUCAUGACGGUCCUGAAUCAUCCUUUCUCGCGCGGCUCGGUCCACAUUACAUCCCCCGAUGUGAACGUCAAGCCCGUCUGGGACCCGAAGUACAACUCCCACCCCCUUGACAUAGAAAUCCUGGCCCGCGGUGUCCAGUUUGUGGAGAAAAUCGUCAGCACUGAGCCCUUCAAGUCAGCGGUACUGAAGCUUGGUGGCAAGCGGCAUCCCAACAUCGUCGCUAACGAUCUGGAACAAGCUAAAAAGAUCGUUCGUCAGCGCCAGAUCUCUAUGUUCCACGUGGCCGGCAGCUGUGCCAUGCUGCCUAAAAACCAGGGUGGCGUUGUGAAUCAGCGCUUGGUUGUAUACGGAACAAGCAAUAUUCGUGUUGUUGAUGCUAGUAUUUUUCCUAUCCAGCCGCUGGGAAAUAUUCAGUCAACGGUAUAUGCAGUUGCUGAGAAGGCAGCUGAAUUGAUUAAGGAUGACAGGAGAAAUUAGGAGCAAUGUAUACAAUACACGCCCUGCAGUAGGUCAUACAAUAAAGUAGAAAGUAGAUAGGAAACAUAAAUAGCGAGGUUUUCUUUUCACAAGG